AUGAACUUCCGGCGCACGGCUAUUGAGAUUGAGGCUCCAGAAGAAGUUGGCCAAACAAUUCACCACAACCUUUGUGAUAGUGCCGUCGGCGACAGAACCCUCGACGACCUGGGGAUUCGCGUACCCGGAGACCUUCCAUUGUCGUACAGUGUCCACCUGGGCAGUCCUCGUUUCCGUUCCCUCAUUGCAGAGCGGUGUGGCCUAGAAGCCGAGGAUAUUCUAGUUACCGCCGGAGCGUCCUCGGCCUUGUUCAUCGUUGCGACCUCUCUUCUCGGCGAGAAGGACCAUCUCGUCAUAACUCGACCAAACUAUGCGAGCAAUGUCGAAACGCCCAGAGCCAUAGGCUGCGAGAUUACCUACGUGGACUUGGAGUUUGACAAGGGUUUCCAGGUUGACGUCAACGACAUAGCUUCUGCCAUCAAACCAAACACAAAGCUGAUUAGCCUCACCACUCCGAACAACCCUACCGGCACCUCCAUGUCAGGAGAAGACCUGCGCAGGGUGGCAGAGUUGGCCAAGACCCGCGGCUGCUACGUCUUGGUCGACGAGACGUAUGCCGAGCUGACAUAUCUGGAUCGACUACCCGGCUCUGCGUCGCUCGGAAACCACGUUAUUGGGGUUUCCUCCAUGUCGAAAGCUUUUGGUGUUCCGGGCAUACGAGUGGGAUGGAUAUCGUCCAAGAGCAAAAACCUGCUCGAGGUCUUCCUAGCAGCCAAAGAGCAGAUUAGCAUCACCGUCAGCGUUGUUGACGAGUAUGUGGCAGAGCAGAUUCUCGAGCGCUGCGACACCAUCUUGGAUCCAAUCAUACAAGAGAUGAAACGGCGGCGGGACAGAGUUGAGGCAUGGGUCGCCUCGGAAGACCUCAUCCAGUGGGUUCGGCCGAACGGGGGUGUAAUGGGCUUCAUGCGGAUGAAAAAGGAGCCUGCCGGAGGCACAAAGGCUUUCUACGAGAGAUUGCUGGCGCAACAUGGCACAUAUGUAGGGCCGGGCCACUGGUUUGAAUGGCCCGACACCUACUUCCGGCUUGGCUAUGGAUGGCCAACUGCCGAGAGCCUGGAAAGGGGCCUGGUGGCAAUAUCAAAAGCAAUGCGUGGCUGA